CAUAUCUGAGACUGGCCAAUAAAAAGAAAAGAUUGGUAUGGGCAAAAGAACACAGGCAUUGGACAGAGGAAGAUUGGAAAAAGGUGUUCUGGACAGAUGAAUCCAAGUUUGAGGUGUUUGGAUCACACAGAAGAACAUUUGUGAGAUGCAGAACAGGUGAAAAGAUGCUGGAAGAGUGCCUGACACCAUCUGUCAAGCAUGGUGGAGGUAAUGUGAUGGUCUGGGGCUGCUUUGGUGCUGGUAAAGUGGGAGAUUUGUACCAGGUAAAAGGGAUUUUAAAUAAGGAAGGCUAUCACUCCAUUUUGCAACGCCAUGCCAUAUCCUGUGGGCAGCGCUUGAUUGGAGCCAAUUUCCUCCUCCAACAGGACAAUGACCCAAAGCACACCUCCACAUUGUGCAAGAACUAUUUAGGGAAGAAGCAGGCAGCUGGUAUGCUGUCUGUAAUGGAGUGGCCGGCACAGUCACCAGAUCUCAACCCCAUUGAGCUGUUGUGGGAGCAGCUUGACCGUAUGGUCUGCAAGAAGUGCCCAUCAAGCCAAUCCAACUUGUGGCAGGUGCUUCAGGAAGCGUGGGGUGAAAUUUCAACAGAUUACCUCAACAAAUUAACAGCUAGAAUGCCAAAGGUCUGCAAUGCUGUAAUUGCUGCAAAAGGAGCAUUCUUUGACGAAAGCAAAGUUUGAAGAACAAAAUUAAUACUUCAAAUACAAAUCAUUAUUUCUAACCUUGUCAAUGUCUAGACUAUAUUUUCUAUACAUUUUGCAACUCAUUUGAUAAAUAAAAGUGUGAGUUUUCAUGGAAAACACGAAAUUGUCUGGGUGAUCCCAAACUUUUGAACGGUAGUGUAUCUCCGGCCGAUCCCUCCAACACUCGGCCACUCUGACCAAAACAAUCUAGGUUGAUAGGUAGCACAGCAGAGAGAACACAUGUAAUUUCCCCUUUGGCAUUCGAAUAACUUCUUUUUUUCUUCUGUUUAGCAGCAUCAGAGUAGUUCAAAACUUUGAUUAACAACUUCAAUACUUUUUCUAAGCCUUUUAGUUCUGGCUUAACUCCCAAAGCAUUAACACCUCAAAAGACUGACAAUAAAUCUCAUCAGAGUUUAUGAUUGGAUUUUUUUGAAAGCAUAGUGCUCAUAAAUAGUAAUUAAUGAGAUAAAGACAGUAGUCAGAAGGACAGCUGAGUCAACACACUCCAGACACGGGCUGUUUCCAAUGACUCUCCACUAUGUGGUCUGUGCAAUAGGGCAAUAACCACAGGUGUGAUCUCUAAUAUUAAUAAGCAUUGCACUCGAUAGCUGUAACAGAUUCAGGAUCCUACUCUGUUGCCUGCUGGCUCACUGGCAUAGCCCAUUGAGACACUUACAUGUAGCAGAUGUUUAUGGCAUUAAUCACAUCUCUGUAUUUCCUGCUACGACAAAUAAAAAUGUGUGUCGUUAAAAAUCCUUUCUCUUUUUCUUUCUCAUCCCAUUCAUGCCGUGUCUCUGUUCCAGCUCUGAGCACCGGAGGGAAGGUGUUGAGAGUGGUGGUGUCGGUGGGGAAGUUUAUCCUGCUGCUGGGUUUGCUCUACAUCUUCAUCUGCUCUCUCGACAUCCUCAGCUCAGCUUUCCAGCUCGUCGGAGGUAAAGCAGCAGGCAACAUCCUUCAGAACAACUCGGUUCUGUCCAACCCUCUGGCCGGUCUGGUCAUCGGGAUUCUGGUCACCCUGCUGGUCCAGAGCUCGUCCACUUCCUCCUCCAUAGUUGUCAGCAUGGUCUCCUCUGGACUGUUAACCGUCCAGCUUGCUAUUCCUAUCAUCAUGGGCACCAACAUUGGCACUUCUGUCACCAACACACUCGUCGCCAUGACGCAGGCGGGUGACCGCAACACCUUUCGCAGGGCGUUUGCGGGGGCCACGGUGCACGACUUCUUCAACUGGCUCUCGGUGCUCGUGCUGCUGCCUCUGGAAGUUGCCUCUGGCUACUUGUACGUGGUCACCAAGUUCAUCAUCGAGUCCUUCAAAAUUGAGAGAGGAGAGGCCCCAGACCUGUUAAAUGUGAUCACUGAUGUCCUCACUGAGUCGAUUAUACAGUUGGAUAAGUCCGUCAUUAGUGGGAUUGCCAACGGAGACCCAGCAGCUAGAAACAAGAGCCUCAUCAAGAAAUGGUGCCAAACCUUCACCAACGCAACCCUAAUGAAUGUCACAGUUCCCGGGCCCGAGAACUGCACGUCUCCGUCUCUCUGCUGGGACGAUGGCAACUACACCUUUACGCUGAAGAACAUUUCCGAAACGUACAAUGUCCAGAAAUGUAAGCAUCUCUUUGUGAAUACCAAUCUGUCUGACCUGGCAGUGGGUCUGAUUCUGCUGGCUCUUUCUCUGCUGGUGCUCUGCUCCUGCCUGAUCCUGAUCGUCAAGCUGCUCAACUCCAUGCUGAAGGGACAGGUGGCUACAGUCAUCAAGAAGAUCCUCAACACCGAUUUCCCUUUCCCGUUUGGUUGGGUCACCGGCUACAUUGCCAUUUUAGUCGGAGCUGGAAUGACCUUCAUUGUGCAGAGCAGUUCGGUUUUCACUUCUGCUAUUACUCCACUUGUUGGUAUUGGUGUCAUCAGCAUAGAAAGAGCAUACCCGUUGUCUCUGGGUUCAAAUAUCGGCACAACCACCACAGCCAUCCUGGCAGCUAUGGCGAGUCCUGGAGAAACAUUGGCUAAUGCUCUACAGAUUGCCCUUGUGCACUUCCUGUUCAACAUCUCUGGCAUCCUUCUGUGGUAUCCAAUCCCCUUCACCCGCAUCCCCAUCCGGCUGGCGAAAAGCCUGGGCAACAUCACGGCCUCAUACCGCUGGUUUGCUGGCGUCUACAUCAUCUCCUGCUUCUUAAUUUUACCGCUCCUCAUCUUCAGCCUGUCGCUGGCUGGCUGGCAGGUACUGGUGGGCGUGGGUGCACCUCUGGUGAUCCUGUUGGUCAUCAUCCUGGUGAUCAACAUGCUGCAGAAACGGAAACCCGGAUGCCUGCCUGCAGCGCUGCGAUCCUGGGACUUCCUCCCUCUCUGGGCCCACUCCCUGGCUCCCUGGGACAACGUGGUUGGUGUAUGCACCGCUAAAUGCUGUUGCUGCUGCAAAUGCUGCCAGGUGGCUGCUGGCGACGAAGAACCCGGCAAGGAACAAUCUGUGGGAAAUAACAAUAAAUUACACACAGAGGUGUAUGACAACCCUGCAAUGAGUGCAGAGAAAGAGGUGGAAAAGGAAAUUCGAAAAUGUACCCGGCUCUGAGAAUUGAUAUAUAUAUAUAUCUACACAUAUGUGAAUAUUUGUGUACGACUGCAUUGUGCAUUGGUCAAAGGACAAGGACCAAACUCUUCUGAAAUAUGUAUGUUAUUACUUUCGAGUAAGAUGGAAAAUGGUUAUAUAGUGAAUUCCACAUCUCAACAUAUAAGGAAAAGGAAAUGAAGUGACCUUUAAGGCACAGGGCUGGCACAUUUGUUUUAUUAUUGUCAACAAAUCCCACUAAAUGUUAGUUCUUCUCUCCAAUACUUUCUGACUUUCCAUACCUCAAUCCAGUUGGCACCUGACAAAGACAUAAAUGUUAAAAAACGACUCACAAAAUAUAUCAAUCCGCUUCUUUUUUUAAGCAGCUGCAAUUUAUAGUAAACAUUACUCAAGCAGAAGUAAAUGGUGCAUUGUUUUUUUUAUUUGAGACUUUGGUUGUUACGUUGAACUGCGGAAGGCCGCUGCAGGCAAGGGUUUUUUCUAUAUCUUGGGAUUUCGAGGUCCUGGGACAGGGAUGUCGUAUGUGCACAGAUUGUAAAGCCUUCUGAGGCUAAUUUGUAAUUCGUGAUAUUGGGCGAUACAAAAUAAACUGAAUUUAAUUUAAAUGAAAUGCAGACGACAUGCUUGUCCGCAGAGCCCUGAAUCCCCUCUGCUGCACAAAGCGCCUUUGGUUGUUUAUUCUCAGUUUAUUAAUGUUGAAUGUAUCCAAAUGGCACCACCUUCGCCACUUGUUCUCUGGUCCCCAGCCGAUACACCAAUUCAAUUCAAUUCAGUUUAUUUGUAUAGCAGGCCAAUUUCACAAAUUACAAAUUUGUCUCGGAGUGCUUUACAAUCUGUACACAUAGACAUCCCUGCCCCAAAACCUCACAUCGGAUCAGGAAAAACUCCCAAAUAACCCUUCAGGGGGAAAAAAGGGA